CGCCUGGCCUGAGCAAGUUGCCAGCAACAUUCCCGAAACGUCAACUUUCGCGCAAUAUUGUUUACUUUCAGUAUCUGUUUUGUAGUUCGUUUCUAGCUGAAACAUUAUUACCGCUGAUCUCCUGAUCCCCACAGCAGGAUGACGGAAGGUAUACUGGAGUGGUAUGCUGACCAGACGGUGCUGGUGACUGGUGGCACUGGAUUUAUGGGCAAAGUUCUCCUGGAGAAGCUGCUCAGAGCUUGUCCAGACAUCAAGCGCAUCUACAUAUUGUGUCGUGCCAAGAGGGGCUUUUCACCAACUACAAGAGUAUCAGAAAUAACUAAGCUUCCUCUAUUCGACCGUCUUCGCAAGGAGAACCCGGCGGUCCUCCGCAAGCUGGUGGCGGUGGAGGGAGACCUGACGGCGGUGGACCUAGGUCUUCGCCCUGACCUGAAGACUCAACUGCUGCGGGAAGUCACCGUGGUGUUCAACGGGGCGGCGUCCCUGAGGCUGGAGUGGGGACUCAAGGCAGCCAUAGAGAGUAACACCCUGGGAACACUGAGGGUGCUCGAACUGGCCGAGCAGAUGAGUAACCUACAGGCAUUCGUCCACCUGUCUACAGCGUUUUGUCACUGCGAGUAUGAUACUUUAGAGGAGACGACCUACCCCUCCCCCGCCAACCCCCAUGAUAUAAUCCGCAUCUGUCAGUGGAUGGACGACACUACUCUGGAGCUGAUAACUGCAAGGUUACUUGGACCACACCCCAACUGCUACACAUACUCUAAGAGAUUAGCUGAGAGCCUUGUGAGCGAGUUUGGGACCCGCAUACCUUGUGCUAUUGCUCGUCCUUCUAUAGUGACUCCCGCUUACCGAGAGCCCGUGCCGGGAUGGGUGGACAACCUCAACGGCCCCGUGGGUGUGAUGGUCGGCGCUGGCAAGGGUGUCAUCAGAUCCAUGUUGUGUGGGGAAGAUAACAGAGCAGAGGUCAUCCCCGUGGAUGUCGCCAUCAACGCAGUUAUCACCAUAGCUCACAAGCGAGCUACGCACAAGACCGAUCUAGCAGACCAAGUACCAGCCUUCAACAUAUCCUGUGGUGACGUAGUACCCAUGACUUGGGGCGAGGUACUCAAGAGGGGUAAACACUACGCCUACGAGUACCCCUUCAAUAGCGGCCUGUGGUACCCCAACGGAACCAUACGCACAAACCGCUUCGUGCACAACCUCAUUGUCUUCUUCCUUCAGAUUCUCCCCGCCUACUUCAUUGACUUCGUGAUGAUUCUGAUCAGGCAGAAGCGGUUUAUGGUUCGUGUCCAGAAGCGCAUCUCUGUAGGGAUGGAAGUUCUGCAAUACUUCACGAUGCGCAACUGGCAUUUCCGCGUGGAUCGGACCAGAGCUCUGACGGAGGAUAUGAACCAACGAGACAGAGAGAUCUUCUACCUGGCCAACAUGACGUACCACAUAGACGAGUACCUAGUCAACAUACUGCUGGGGGCGAGACAAUACUGUAUGAAGGAGCCUCUUAGUAGUCUGCCUACGGCGAGGAAACAUCUCACCUGGUUGUUCUGGCUGGACUGCCUAGUCAAGGCCGUUCUGGGGCUGCUAGCUGCUUGGUUCCUGGUGGGCUGGGUGUCUGUGGCUCGAUCUCUACUGGACUAUUCUGCCACACAUCUACAGAGACUGCCGUUCCUCAAAGCCUUAGUCCCACAGGCUAGUCCCUGAAAACAUACGACAGUCAGCACUCCCUAGGUCUCAGGUUCUUGACAAGACCAUAAGCCAAUUCUAAACGUCAUAAUCUUUUUCAUUUUUCUGUGUUUGAAGGUGUACCAAAGUACCAUAAGUGAUUAAAAUUAAUAAUCACUAACUAAUCGUCUCCUUGUAGCGAUAAAAACAUGUUAUAAUGGGAGAGUGUCUAAAAGAACAAAUCUGUAAAAGGUUAUUUUUGCUUCAAAUUAGGUAGUGUAUUUGCUAUUGCUCACUGGUGAAUAGCUACACAAAUUGUCUUGCUAAUUUCAGUUGGUUUUUCUUUUGCGCUUUAGUGUCACGAUGACUGUAGUAGAAUGUUUAUUUUCACACUAUCGAAACGUGUGUUCAUAUGUUCGCGCAAUAAAAAUCAUACACAAUUGAAAAACUAAUAACUGUUCGGCAUUCAGUGGAGAUGCUGUUAAAAAAGUAUCAUGAUCCAACGACUAUGCACGUAAUUCUACAUUAUGAACAAUACAAAGCUUUGUAUUGUUUAGUUGAUGAAUUAGUCUAACCCAGUUUGAAUAUUAAACGCAGCAUUUGUACCGAACUAAAAUUGUUAAGGUACAUUUUAAGAAUCAUCUUGUUUCUCAUAACAAACAUAGGAGAACAUACAACCAUGAUGGGGAACAUUGUGGUAGUACAAACCUCUCGUGAUUUCAUAUGUAUAUAGGUCACAGGAAGAGAACUAUUUUAAGUUUAAGAUUUUGUUUAGACAUUUAUGGAUAACUAGUGGUCGUCCUGUGGUCGAAACUCGACCAAAAAUAAUUAAUGUACAGACUUCUCUAUUUUCUCCCCACACUGUAAAAAAAACAUGUGAUUGGAAUUUCUUCCAUUUGUUUUGAUUUUCUGUUUACAUUUUGUUGUUAUUUCGUCACCAUCAUGGCAACCCAUAUGGUCCAUGUUAAUUUUUUGAAGUUUUCAAAAUCAUUUUUUGUUCUUAUUUGUUAGCCUAUUUUAAUUUUUAAAAGCAUUCUGCACAUCUACAGGAAAAUAUAUUUCCAGCAGUAUGCGUAGAUUUUCCCUGUGAUGCACACGAGCUGAGAAAAAAGGUUUUAAAGAAACAUGCUUGCCUAUUAAUAUAUAGAUAGAUAUGCCGAAUGUCAUUGGCCUUGAUAACCCUAAAUAUUGUUGUCAUUAUGUCACACCUACGAGACUGUAUCACAAUUAGUUGUAGUAUGAAUAUUUGUAGGAUUUAGGUUGGGGAUAAUACUAUUAACUCGGCACCACAAUGACACCGCAGCCAACAUGGGAAUGUAAUCGACAAACUGCUGCAGCGUGUGUUACUGUAUUUAGAAUGUGUGGUGCUGUACAGCAUUAGC